CCAGAAAAAAAAACUCCCUCCGUCGUCCAAAACCAGAUGCCGCCGCGCCUAUCGCUCCUCCGCCGCCUCUCCACCGGCCGGGACACCAACCUCGCCACCCUCCUCGCCGUCCUCCGGUCGCCGCAGGCUUCAUCUACGCCGCUCCCGCACGCCCUCUCCCGCGCCUUCCCGUCUCCGUCGGACGCGUUCCCCCUCCACACGCUCCCCGAUCUCCUCCCGCGACUCCCCUCCCCGCUCCUCUCCCUCCGGUUCCUCCUCUGGCGUCUGCCCCCUUCCCCGCCGCUCCCCUCCCCGCACACCCUCUCCUCGGUCGCCGCCUCGCUCCCGGACCUCCCCUCCGCCGUGCCCCUCCUCCUCUCCUCCUCCCAGCGCCCGCUGCCCCUCCCGCACUACGCCCUCCUCCUCGCCAUCUCCGCCCAUGCCGGCCUCUUCCCCGUCUCCCUUGCCAUCCUCCGCCACAUGCGCUCCUUCACCAUCUCGCCCGACGUGGCCUGCUUCCACUCCGCCCUCCGCGUCGCGGGCUCGCCCGGCGACGUCUCCGCCGUUCUCGACAUCAUGUCCACAUCCGGCGUCGACCCGACCGUCCCCCUCAUAGUGACCGCGGUGCAUAAGCUGGCACACGGGGGCGACUUCGAAGGCGCCCGCUGCCUGAUCGACAAAAUGCCCGAGUUUGGGUGCGUGGCCAAUGUGGUGGUUUACACCGCUUUGUUCGACGGGAUGCGCGCGUUCGGAGACGUGGAUGCCGCGAUGGGGCUGCUCGAGGAGAUGGAAGGCGGCGGGCUGGGUGCCGGGUGUGCGCCCAACGUGGUGUCCUACACGUGUUUGGUGAAAUGCCUCUGCGAAAGGGGGAGAAUGGUGGAGGCUCUGAGCGUGCUGGAUAGGAUGGUGGCUAGAGGGGUGAUGCCGAACCGCGUUUUUGUGCGGACGCUGGUCGAUGGGUUUUGCACCGCCGGAGGGGAUGGCUCGCUUGACAGCGCGUAUGAUGUGGUGGAGCGUUUGGUCGUCGACGGAGCUUUGUCGAGCGGGCAGUGCUAUAAUGUCCUUCUGGUUGCCUUGUCCGGGGCUGGGAUGGCAGGGGAAGCUGAAGGGCUCGCACAGAGGAUGAUGAAGAAAGGGGUGCAGCUGAGCCCGCUCGGGGGAAGCGCAAUGGUGAGGGAGCUCUGCAGGGGCAAAAGGUGGCUGGAUGCUUGCUAUUGGUUGAGACUGAUGGAUGACGAUGGGGUGCUCUGCGACUCUGAUGUUUAUGCUAGUGUGUUGCUUGGGCUGUCUGAGGAGGGUCAUGUCCUUGAAGCGUCGGCGUUGGCGAGGAAGGUCAUCGAUAGGGGAAUACUCAUUAAAUCUCCAUGCGCUGAUUGUUUGGUGCAGUUACUGAGGCAGCAUGGUGAUGAGGAGCUAGCAUCACAUAUAUUAGGACUGAGGAGAUCCCCUGAAGGGAUGUCACAUUGAGUUAAUUUGUGGUUCUUUUCCCAGUUCUUGUAGAAGAUUAUGUGAAGAAGAGAAGAAUAUUGGCUACCCUUCGUUGGAGAAUUUAUUUUUGUACUGUAACAUUUUCAUGAGCAGACUGCACAAUCUACUGUUGUUUGUAGAGCAGAGAGAUCACCAUGUUAUUAUUUUUCAAAGCUCUUACAGCAAGUCUAGACAUCUGGAGAGCAGAGGGAAGCACGUCACAUCAAUUAGAAGAAUACCUUCACCAGGACGGUGAGUCAUCCUGGAAAUAUCUUUCAAAGUAGGGAUCAUUACUUAAAGCCGGAGCAAGGUCCAGCAGUAUGGAGUGGCUGCUUCACGAGGUCCUCAACUCAUCAUUUGCUCUGGUACUAAGGGUUUUCUGCAACCUUGUUUGUCACAAGCUGAACAAAAUCAAAGAGAGGGUAAGAGUUUGUUUUGUUUUUAAUUUCGCUGGUUUACCUAAAGGCUAUCAUUUUGGGCCAUGAGCUCCUCUCCUCUUGGCCCUCAAUCUUAAGUUCACCCCCUGCUUGUCUUGACACAAAAGAGUCACGUCAUGCCAUGGUUAUAUUUUAACUUCCAUGUGUUUAGAUUUUAAAAUUUCAGGUUAUCUCUAAGAUCACUGUUUGUCUGCUGUGUGUUUACAUGAAAUGGCUUGUCUAACGGGUUAUAUUUGGUUUCGAUGAAUGGAUAGGAACUCACCCAAAAGAACUCCGAUAACAAUAAGAAACAGAAGACAAAGCAAAAACUAGAUCAAAAUCGUACCUGCAACUAAGUUUUAAAGUCUAACUAAAUAUGUACGCCUUGCUGCUAACUAUGUAUUGCUCUGUGGGAAACUCACCUAAAUGAAAAAAUGGAACAUGGUCUAACGCAGAGUCCCGUGUUUAUGUGAGUACACUAACUUUUGGUUAUUCUUGUUUGAAGCAACAUUUUUCAGACUGCAUGCAAAGACACUCUGCAAUGCAAGUCAUCGUAGCCUCGUUUCAGAUCCAGAUUGAAGAGCAAGCUCAUGCUACAACACAAACCCAACAGCAAAACUCUAAGCUCAGCCAGCAGGUCAACAAAUUACAAGAUCAACUAGAAGCUGAACAUGCAAACAACUUGAUGAGAGGUUAACUUGGAGCGUGCCAAGAGAGAACAACUUGAUGAGAGGUUAAAAAAAGAGUGUGCUGAAAAAGAAAGAUUGUUGGAAGAGGAGUGAAGAUCGAGACUGGAAUUUGAGCUCAGAGUUUUGCUGCUGGGUUUUUGCUGUAGCACGAGUUUGCUCUUCAAUCUGGAUCUGAUACCUUUCAGAUCUAGUUCAAGGUUUGUCAUGUAUCCGUAUCAAUGAGGCUGCGAUGACUUGCAUUGCAGAGUGUCUUUGUAUGCAUUCUGGAAAAUGUUGUUUCUCUGCUCACUUGAGCGUGGACCUUGAGUUUCAUUUUCUUUGUUUUGGACCUCUCGAUGUGCUUUGUCCUAAAAACGAAAAGAACAAUUAUAGCUAUGGCAUCAAUAUUGACACAAUAAAAGAUUAAACAAGAAUAACCAAAAUCAGUGCUCACAUAAACAUGGGACUCUGUUUUACACCAUGUUCCCUUCUUCGUAUGGCUGAGUUUCCCACAGUCUGGCUUCUCCAGUUUCCAAGUUUCUCUGCAAGUGAUAUAAAAAUGAGAUGCUUGAAACAUGAAAACAUAGUUAGCAGUGAGGCGUACAUAUUUAGUUAGACUCAUACCUUCUCAAAACUUAGUUGCGGGUACGAUUUUGAUCUAGUUCUGUGUUUUGUCUUCUGUUUCUUAUGGUUAUCGGAGUUUUUUGGCCGAGUUCCUAUCCAUUCAUUGAAACCAAAUAUAACCAGUCAGACAAGCCAUUUCAUCUAAACACAUACUCCGUAACACAUAGAAGACAAACAGUGAGCUUGCUGCCAUCUGGGGAUAAGACAACACCUGUAGUCAUGAUUUCCCUUUGUCUGCUCUCGGCUGGACAUAACAUAGACGGUUGUUUUAUUCGGCAUGUGAGAGCACGUCGUAUCAUAAUUACCUAUAUAUAAGCUUCUAGAGUUUACUGAAACCAUAGCCAUGCCACGUCACAGAUUUUCUACUGUUGUGAAUGGUUUCUACAGUGCUUUCAUAUUUUUUGGCGUUAAAAUCAGGGAUUACCAGUGCGGAUCUGAAAUUACUAUUUGCAAAUACCAGUGAAUUUUCCAGCCAAAGGACGGAAAUAUUGUUUUCUUAGUGAAAAUGGAUAUUUGAUAAUGUCUUAACCACCAUCUGAGCUCAUGCUAAUUUCAGGGAUGGAGUUAGCGAAAGCAAUUUUACUCGAGGCAUAAACAUCAAACUUGAACAGAUCAUUGAGGCAUUUACUUGAUUUCAUCAUGUGCUUAUUACAGAUCCAAUAGUGGUGCCUAUACAGUAAUUAUUCCGCAUUAUGGACACAUAUUUCAUCUACUUCUAAUCAGUUCAGGAUAUUGCUGGUUCCUCGAUGAGAACUAGGAGCCUAGCUCACACCUUGCCCACAAAACAAAUCAUUUCUGCAGACUUAUCUUCAGAGAAUUUUACUCCCGGUAAACUUUAUUGACUAUGGACAAGUGACAGGUUGGGGAGCAGGUUGGGGAACAAGUUCUAGAAUUUUACUCCCGGUAAACUUUAUUUGCGUUCAAUCAUACGUAUUGCAACUUAUUGAUGGUUUUGGCUCUUGUGUUUGUGGCUCUAAAAUCUUAUGUUCUGCAUGACGUUUGUGAUGUGCCCAGCUGGUGGUGCGAUGUAAGUUGGCCUGUCAAGUGUGGUGCUCCUUGUUGUGCUGAAAGAUUUUUUGUUCUCUCUUGGCUGCAUCAGUUUAGCUUGUGAUUGCUAUUUCUCUGGUCGUCAGUCUGACACACAUGAACACCUUGAAAUCGACAUGUCAUCUGAUAUGAGUUUUGCUCAAUAGAAUCCAAAUGAUUGAAGAAUGACUUAUUUGAAAAGGCUAUGGUAGAUCAUGAUAUUGAGAUAUAGGUAACUCCUGACAAUGGUUCUUUUGGCUGCGCAUUCUCUCAGGUUGUACAACUCAAGAUAAAAGGUUUGCCUUGCAAUCUGAAUUCAGUGCCAGGGACUGAAUAUAUCCUUUUACUUUGGAAUACCGAUGGGAUUGCCAAAUGUUACUCCUGAGGAAAAUGAGAUGCAUCAUUGAAGUUAUAGAUGAAACGGUGGUAUAUUGGACGUGGAUGAAUUUACAUACUAUACAUGUUAUUUAGAAAUUCUUUGAAUAUUUAAAGCAAAUUCGUGCUUCAUAUUUCUGUCCAGAUAUGCAACUUAUAAUUCAGUUUUCUUCCUUAUAAGAAAUUGACGAUGCCAUGUGUCGCAUCUUUGUGUAAAAUGUGUAUCAGAAGAUUAAGAACUUGCAUUUGCAAGCUAGUAAUCCUAGUGCGGAGAAAUGCAUAUAAACAAGCUUUA